CCCGAGGACUGGGCGAGCGUGAGCGGCGGUUGUGGUGUGUGACAGCCGUGCUACCGGGGCAUGUCACGUUGGUUUUGAAGAAAAACCUUCGCCGACACUAGUUUUUCAAAGUGUGCGCGCUUGUUGGUCCUGUGAGGCGCCCCUACACCUACUGGAUUUACAUGUCGUCGACGGGUUGGCUGUGGUGAAACGUUACUCGACAAAACGCGGCCGCCGUAAGAGUGCGGGGGGGAAGAGACGGCAGCUUUGUUUUUUCGCUAUUUAGCCGGUCUCCAGCGCUGCCAACAUGGCGGAGCCCGCCGAACUGGACGCGUUCAACAGUCCAGAGUUGAAGUACCUGGUCGUCGACAAGAGCGACGUUUACGAUCCGACCAAGCAGGCAGAAUGGACGGCCAAGAAGCUGAUCUGGGUGCCGCACGAGUCGCAGGGCUUCGUCGCCGCCAGCGUCAAGGGCGAGCGCGGAGACGAGCUCGAAGUCGAAGUCCUGGAGACGGGCAAGCGCUUUCUCGUCAGCAAGGACGACGUUCAAAAGAUGAACCCGCCCAAGUUCAACAAGGUUGAGGACAUGGCCGAGCUGACGUGCUUGAACGAGGCCUCCGUGCUGCACAACAUCAAGGACCGCUACUAUUCGGGUCUCAUAUACACGUACUCUGGCCUGUUCUGCGUGGUUGUCAACCCGUACAAGAAGCUACCCAUCUACACCGAGAAAGUAAUAGAGCUAUUCAAGGGCAAGAAACGCCAUGAAGUGCCUCCCCACAUAUUCGCAGUCACCGAUGGUUCCUACCGCAGCAUGUUGCAAGAUCGGGAGGACCAGUCCAUCCUAUGCACGGGCGAGUCCGGCGCUGGUAAGACCGAGAACACGAAGAAAGUCAUCCAGUACCUGGCAUACGUUGCGUCUUCCAAGCCGCGGUCGUCGACGUCAUCCGCCAUUCACUCGAACUACCAACCGCCAGUAUUCAACAUGGGCGAGCUCGAGCAGCAGCUGCUCCAGGCAAACCCAAUUCUCGAGGCCUUUGGAAACGCCAAGACAGUCAAGAAUGACAACUCUUCCAGAUUCGGCAAGUUUAUCAGGAUAAACUUCGAUGCCUCUGGUUUCAUUGCUGGUGCCAACAUUGAGACGUACCUGCUGGAAAAGUCUCGUGCCAUCCGCCAGGCGAGAGACGAGCGAUGUUUCCACGUGUUCUACCAACUCCUGCAUGGAGCCACGCCCGAGCAAAAGAAGGAGUACCUGCUGGAGGAUGCCAAGAGCUAUACGUUUCUGACGCACGGUCACGUGCCCGUCCCGGGUGUCGACGAUGCUCAAGAGUUCCGCAACACCGUCAAGGCCAUGACAAUCAUGGGACUCAACCAGGAGGACCUCAACUGCAUCUUCCGGGUGGUAUCAGCGGUGCUCCUCUUCGGCAACAUGGAGUUCCGGCAGGAGCGCAAUUCGGACCAGGCAACGCUGCCGGACAACACGGUGGCGCAGAAGGUCAGCCACCUACUGGGCCUCAACGUGACUGAGAUGACUAAGGCGUUCCUGCGGCCCCGGCUUAAGGUUGGCCGCGAUCACGUCACCAAGGCACAGACCAAGGAGCAGGUGGAGUUUGCCGUCGAGGCGAUCGCCAAGGCGUGCUACGAGCGCAUGUUCCGCUGGCUGGUGAACCGCAUCAACCGCUCCCUGGACCGUACCAAGCGCCAGGGGGCCUCGUUCAUUGGCAUCCUCGACAUCGCCGGCUUCGAGAUCUUCGAGCUCAACUCGUUCGAGCAGCUCUGCAUCAACUACACCAACGAGAAGCUGCAGCAGCUCUUCAACCACACCAUGUUCGUGCUCGAGCAGGAGGAGUACCGGCGCGAGGGCAUCGAGUGGAAGUUCAUCGACUUCGGCCUCGACCUGCAGCCCACCAUCGACCUGAUUGAGAAGCCCAUGGGCAUCCUGGCCCUGCUCGACGAGGAGUGCAUGUUCCCCAAGGCGACGGACAAGACCUUCACCGAGAAGCUGGUCACUUCGCACAACCAGCACCCCAAGUUCAUCAAGUCUGACUUCCGUGGCACGGCCGACUUCAGCAUCCUCCACUACGCGGGCAAGGUGGACUACUUGGCCAAUCAGUGGCUGAUGAAGAACAUGGAUCCACUCAACGAGAACGUCGUCUCAUUGCUGCAGAGCGCUCAGGAUCCUUUCAUCGUACAGAUCUGGAAGGACGCGGAAAUCGUAGGCAUGGGCACAGCCACCAUGGGCGACACCCAGUUUGGUGCCCGCACCCGCAAGGGCAUGUUCCGCACCGUCUCCCAGCUCUACAAGGACCAGCUGGCGCGGCUCAUGGUGACACUGCGCAACACCAACCCGAACUUCGUCCGAUGCAUCAUUCCCAACCACGAGAAGAAGGCCGGCAAGAUCGACGCUCCUCUUGUGCUCGACCAGCUUCGGUGCAACGGCGUCCUCGAGGGCAUCCGUAUCUGUCGACAAGGCUUCCCGAAUCGAAUCCCUUUCCAAGAGUUCCGGCAAAGGUAUGAACUCCUUACGCCAAACACUAUUCCAAAGGGCUUCAUGGAUGGCAAGCUGGCCUGCGAAAAGAUGAUCACAGCCCUGGAUUUGGACCCGAACCUGUACCGAGUUGGGCAGAGCAAGAUAUUCUUCCGCGCUGGAGUCCUGGCCCAGCUGGAAGAAGAGAGGGACAUGAAGAUCUCAGACCUCAUCAUUCAGUUCCAGGCAUACUGCCGUGGAAACCUUGCCCGCCGCAACUACCAGAAGAGGAUGCAGCAGCUCAACGCCAUCCGCAUCAUCCAGAGGAAUUGCGCGUCUUACCUCAAGCUUCGCAACUGGGCUUGGUGGCGGCUCUACACAAAGGUGAAGCCCCUGCUGCAGGUGACGAAACAAGAGGAGAAGCUGAAUGCCAAGGAGGAUGAGCUGAAGGCCAUGCGUGACCGCAUGGAGAAGAUGCAGGGUGAACUCAAGGAGGCUGAGCGAUGCCUGCAACAGGCGGUGGACGAGAAGGUGACGCUACAGGAGCAGCUCCAGGCAGAGACUGAGCUGUGCGCGGAGGCGGAGGAGAUGCGGAUGCGCCUGGCGACGCGCAAGCAGGAGCUCGAGGAGGUCCUGCACGACCUGGAAGGGCGCGUGGAAGAAGAGGAAGAGCGGUGCCAGCAGCUCCUCCAGGACAAGAAGAAGCUCCAGGUCACCAUCCAGGACUUGGAGGAACAACUGGAAGAGGAAGAAGGUGCGCGGCAGAAGUUGCAGAUUGAGAAGUACACGCUGGAGGGCCGGCUGAAGAAGCUGGAGGAAGCGUACGCCGUCAUGGAGGACGGCAGCAGCAAGGCGGCCAAGGAGAAGAAGGCGCUGGAGGAGCGGCAGGCCGAGCUGGCACAGGCCCUGGCCGAGGAAGAGGAGAAGGCCAAGCACCUGGGCAAGCUCAAGUCCAAGCAGGAGGCCGCCAUCGCCGACCUCGAGGAGAGGCUGCGGCGCGAGCAGCAGAUGCGUCAGGAGCUGGAGCGUGCCAAGCGUCGGCUGGAGACGGAGUUGAACGACACGCGCGAGCAGCUGGGCGAGAAGAAGUCGCAGGUGGAGGAACUUCAGCAGCAGCUGCUCAAGCGGGACGAGGAGCUGGCGCAGGCUCUGCUGCGCUGCGACGAGGAAGCAGCCGCCAAGGGACAGGCCCAGAAGGCCUUCCGCGAGCUCGAGGCACAGCUCGCCGAGCUGCAGGAGGACCUCGACUCCGAGAAGGUGGCCCGUGCCAAGUCCGAGAAGCUCAAGCGAGACCUGAACGAGGAGUUGGAGGCCCUGAAGAACGAGCUUCUGGACUCGCUGGACACGACGGCAGCCCAGCGGGAGCUGCAGAAGCAGCGCGAGCAGGAAGUGGUGGGCCUCAAGCGCUCGCUCGAGGAGGAAGCCCAGAGCCAUGAGGUGCAGGUGGCCGAGAUACGGCAGAAGCACGCCCAGGCACUCGAGGAGCUCAACGACAACCUGGACAACCUCAAGAAGGCCAAGGCGACGCUCGAGAAGCAGAAGGCCAACCUGGAGGCCGAGAACGUGGACAUGGCCAACGAGAUCAAGGCCAUCAGCACGGCGCGCCAGGAGUCGGACCGGCGUCGCAAGGGCCUCGAGUUCCAGCUGCAGGAGCUGUCCGUCAAGCUGGCCGACCUGGAGCGGGCGCGCAGCGACGCCAUGGAGCGCUGCCAGCGGCUGCAGGCCGACCUGGACCAGGCGAACGGGGCGCUCGAGGAGCUCGAGUCCCGUGCCUCGCAGGCGGUCAAGAGUGCCCAGGCCUUUGAGACGCAGAACGCCGAAGUGCAGGAGCUUCUGCAAGAGGAGACGAAGCAGAAGCUGGCGCUGAGCUCGCGGCUGCGCCAGCUGGAGAGCGAGCGCACGACGCUGCAGGAGCAGCUAGACGAGGAGGAGGAGUCCAAGCGCAACCUGGAGAAGCAGAUCGCCACACUCACCCAGCAGGUGGCAGAGUUCAAGAAGAAGGCCGAGGAAGAGGGCGAGCUGGCCGCCCAGGCGGAGGACGCCCGCAAGCGGCUCCAGAAGGACCUGGAGGCCCAGCAGCGGCAGAUCCAGGAGCUGCAGGCUCUGAACGACAAGCUGGACAAGUCCAAGCGCAAGCUCCAGGCCGAGGUUGAGGACGUCACCGUCGAGCUGGAGAACCAGAGGGCCAAGGUGUCCGAGUUGGAGAAGAAGCAGCGCAAGUUUGACCAGCUCCUGGCCGAGGAGAAAGCGGUGUCUGAGCGGCUGGCGGCAGAGCGGGACACGGCCGAGCGGGAGUGGCGCGAGAAGGAGACGCGCAUCCUGGCCCUCACCCGGGAGCUGGAGGAGCGCAGUGACAACCUCGAGGAACUGGAGCGGUCGCGCAAGCAGCUCCAGCUGGAGCUGGACGACCUCGUCAACUCGCAGGGCACGGCCGACCGAAACGUUCACGAACUGGAGAAGGCCAAGCGGUCGCUGGAGAACCAGCUGGCGGCGCAGAAGACGCGCCUGGAAGAGCUGGAGGACGAGUUGCAGCUGGCCGAGGACGCCAAGCUGCGGCUGGACGUGACGCUGCAGGCGCUCAAGGCACAGCACGAGAGGGACCUUCAGGCACGGGACGAGCAGGCCGAAGAGAAGCGGCGGGCCCUGGCCAAACAGGUCCGGGACUUGGAAGCCGAACUGGACGAGGAGAGGAAGCAGCGGUCGGCCGCCCUGACGCUUCGCAAGAAGCUCGAAGCCGAUCUCCAGGAGGCUGACCGGCAACUGGACACGGUGAACAAGGCAAAGGAAGAGGCUGUGCGUCAGCUCAAGAGGCUACAGGGACAGGCCAAAGACUGGCAGCGGGAGGCCGAGGAGGCCCGAGGCUCGCGCGAGGAGCUGCAGGCGCAGGCCAAGGAGGCCGAGAAGCGUGCCAAGCUGUUGGAGGCCGAGCUUGCUCAGCUCCAAGAGGACCUGGCCGCAGCAGAAAGGUCACGGCGUGCCGCCGAGGGCGAAAGGGACGAGCUUCAGGACGAGAUCGCCAGUGCAGCUGCCAAAGGGUCACUGCUUCUGGAGGACAAGAGGAAACUGGAGGCCAAGAUGCAUGCCAUGGAGGAAGAGCUUGAGGAAGAACAGAGCAACGGAGAAAUCCUCAGCGACAAGAUUCGCAAGGCCCAGGCUCAGGUGGACCAGCUGACGGCCGACCUGGCUGCCGAGCGUGCCACCUCCCAGCGGCUGGAGAACAAUGCGCUGGUGCAGGAGAGGCAGACUAAGGAACUUCGUGCCAAGCUGCAGGAGGUGGAGACGGCCUGCAAGUCCAAGCUGCGCACUGCCACCAGCCAACUGGAGGGACGCCUCUCCCAGGUCGAGGAGCAGCUCGACCAGGCGGAGCAGGAGAAGCAGGCAGCCAUGCGGACAAUCCGGAAGUUGGAAAAGCGCCUCAAGGAGGCUGUGAUGCAGGUUGAAGACGAGCGGAGGCACGCCGACCAGUUCAAGGAACAGGGAGAGAAGACGAAUAACCGGAUGAAGAACCUGAAGCGACAGCUUGAUGAGGUUGAGGAGGAGUGCUCGCGGGAGAAGGCGCAACGGCGCAAGCUGCAGCGCGAGCUCGAGGAAGUGCUGGAGGCCAACGAGAAGCUCCAGAGUGACCUGAACGCCGCGCGCAGCAAGCUGAGGCGGACCGGCGCUGCGACCGGUGGAUCGACGAGCCGAAUGUUCAAGCGGGGAUCUGUGCCAGGUGCCGCCGGGGACGACAGUCCGAUCUCCCUUCCGGAGGAGUCGUUGACGGAAGACGGACAGCCUUAGUGCGGGAUGGAACCGGUUGCAAUAGUCUGUUCGUUAGCCAUGCAGUCGCUGUCCCCCCCCUCUUGCCAAACCGGGUUUUCGGAGGAACGCUGCACGGUCCAGCGCUUCCGCACCUCCGCGAAAUCCCCUCCCCCCCCACGAUUCUUCUUCCCACUAUGCACAGUGCCGAGGCAGUGAAUGAUAUCGUGCCUUUUUUUUUGUAAUUGCAUUUUUUCUCGAUGAUGCUUGAUCGGUAGAGACUUGCCUACGUCGUGACGUCGUUGUGACAUCUCAUUAUUUCUCCGGGGAGGGGUCCCUCUCUCCGUUACUAGCACGUCGAAAAAUUGUGGCCCGGCAAACGUACCGGAGCAACAUUCCUUGCCGAAUCUGGCCUGCCGCGAAGUAGACAAUCGCAGUGCGGCAUCGCUAUGCUGCCCUCUUAAGCUUCGAUUUCCAUCUGGCCGUGUGUGACACGCUUUGUUAUUUUGCGUUUGUUUUCUUCUUUCACGCUAAUGUGCGAAACUGUGGCUAGCUUUUUUUCUUUACAGCACUAUUAUGUACCGUCAUUUUCUAGACUUGAACACGGACAUUUACGUCUUGUCCUGCCCUCAUCUUGAUGUGCUUACAUUAUAAUUAUUACGGAAAAAGGCACUAGUGAAAUGACGCAAUCUUUCUCCGUCACUGCAUCCUGUUUUGUGGUUGUGCCAGUCGGUUUUGCCAACUUUGGUUUAACACGCCGACACAGUCAUGCGAGGAGGUGCGAAGUUAACCUCUUUAACGGUGUUAUCUCGAUAUUUUUGUGCGCGUAUGUGUGUGCGUGUAACUGCCACGUGUUUCUUUUUUUUUUUUUUUUUUGUCUUCAAUCUCUCUUUGUUGAACCGUUUUGUUGCGUCGUUCGAUGCAUUUGGAGGGGGGGCCGGCCUGUGACAUGUGCGUCUAUGUACUUCACGACAACAGCGAGACGGUGAGCGAAGGGCGUUUCUCGCGGAAGAGUUUAAUAACAGCGUCGUCCCUUCUCCUUAACCUCAGAGGGAGGUGGAAGGGGCGUACAUCCAGUGUGUGAUUGCGUGUGUGUGCUAGAUUGUGUACGUGUGUUCAGAGAGGAUGGUCCACGUUUCUUCCGGGGCAACGUGUUCUCGCGAGGUCCCAUCUUCGGAGGAAAUGUCGACGUCCCCGUUUUUUUUUUUUUGUUCUCCUGGUGCUCUGUCCGCAAACGAGGGAGAUGCGAGACUUUGAGUCUUCUUUCCCUCCGUUCGCGUUUGCUGCAAUCGCCCCCUUUCUGUGGGCCGAUAACAGCGAGCUUUUGUACUGCUUACGUAGCGUCUGUAAUGGCAUUUAUACGUAAUGCUACGUAUUCGCGUACACUGCGUGCUCCUUGCUCAUGCGUGGCGUUCCUACGUAUGCAACACCAUUUCGAACACCACAUAUGCAGUACUUAAGCUUGCCACCAUUGCCCUAGCCUUGGGGAAAAUGAAUAAUUAUGCUGCUGUGUGGCAGAGUUCAUUCUUGUACAAAAAGAAAACACCGCAGUCUCUUUGUCGUGUAGAAUGGAACGAAUUAACGUGGCUCGCGCGUCUGGCAACGCCGCACUUUCCGAUGCGGACGCCUUUUGAACAAGAACUUUAGGGCUUUUUUAACGACUUUUUUGUUUUUCUUGAAAUGGGGGAGAAAAAAAAAAACGCCUACCUUGAGAAGCAGUUGCGAGGAGUGCUUUUCAGGUUUUGGCUGUCGAGUUAUUUUUGUAUCUUGAAUUGUUAUACUUUAAUAUUGCAACAAUAAACGUGUCAAAUUAUUUGAAA